AUGAAAGGAGAGCACAAGCAGCCUGCUUACCUCGCUUUACAGCCUUUCGGUACCGUUCCUACUGUUGUCGACGGAGACUACAAAAUCUUCGAGUCGCGUGCGGUGAUGAGGUACGUAGCUGAGAAGUACAGGUCACAAGGACCCGACCUUUUGGGGAAAACCGUCGAAGAGAGAGGCCAAGUUGAGCAGUGGCUCGACGUCGAAGCGACCACUUUCCACCCACCGCUACUUAACCUGACACUGCACAUAAUGUUCGCAUCGGUCAUGGGAUUCCCAUCUGACGAGAAGCUGAUCAAGGAGAGCGAGGAGAAACUCGCGGCUGUGCUCGACGUGUACGAGGCUCAUCUCUCCAAGAGCAAGUACCUGGCUGGUGACUUCGUGAGCCUGGCUGAUUUGGCUCACCUCCCGUUCACCGACUACUUGGUCGGUCCGAUCGGGAAGGCUUACAUGAUCAAAGAUAGGAAGCACGUGAGCGCGUGGUGGGACUGCAUUAGCAGCCGUCCUGCGUGGAAGGAGUGUCUUGAGAAGUAUUCAUUCCCGGCUUAA